CACAGCCAGCAAUCAUACCAGACAGACUUUUUUCCGAUGCUGGGUAGAAUUGCAUUGGCCCUGAGCGUUUUAUAUGUGGCUCUUAACACUGUGCUUUUGCGCUGGGCUGCUCAAGAGCCACGGUUAAUAUAUUUUGACGACGAGGAGCACUUUAAUGCAACGUUAGCAAAACUACUGAGGCCGAGAUAUGUGGGCAGUGCAGGACAUUCGGCGGUGCGUGACUUCAUCGCAGAGGAGCUGGAGCGAUUGGGCUUUAUCGUCACAAGAGAUGACUUUCAAGAAGGCGCUAAUUUCACCAACUUGGCAGGCUUUUGGAAUGUAGAUGCAGAUAAUUUUAUGAUGCUAACCUGCCACUACGAUAGCAAAAUCCCCAAGGAUUGGAAUAAGGAAGUUUUUCUUUCGGCCACGGAAGGAGCGGUUUCCUGUGGCAUUCUGCUAAAUGUGGCAAAAGCCUUGGGAGGGUUUCUAGCAGAAAAGUUGCAUAAAAAAAGCGACUUAGGUUUGGCUCUGAUCUUCUUUGAUGGUCAUAGUUCAUUGUCUUCGGAUCCCUUAGACGAAGCUCGACUCAUUGGCUCAGCACACUUUAUGGACACAGAAUUUAUACCUAUAGAGAAAAUGGCCGUUGCUGUAACUCUUAGCUAUAUUGGAGCGCCUAGUCAAACUUAUGCAAGUCACUUUGAAGUUACCGAUGACCUCCAUAAUAUGAUUGCUGAUGUAGAACUGCUACUCAAAAAAUCAGGACAACUGACAGACUGUCAUGUGUUGUUUGAAAAGAAAAAACGAUACGACAAUGAUCUCCUUGACGAUCAUAUUCUAUUCAGUGAAUUGGGUGUGCCAGUCUUGCACGUGGCUCCACAAGAAGUUCCGAAGGUCCUUUAUACGGCCGCUGAUAAUGCCGAAAACUUACAUUGGCCUACCAUUCGUAACAUGAUCAAAAUAUUGCGCAGAUCUGUGCAUGAUUUCUUGGAACAAUGGGAUUUUAUGAGUAUAAUGAGGAUACGUUUGUUUUACAUACUGAUUUAGAUAGUGAUUAAUGGGCCUACCAGACAUUUUUUAGUAAUCUUAAGGUUUUUACAAUUUUUUUGAUAUCUUAUACCUUGCGUAGAAAAAAAGGGAGGCUAUCUUUUACCUAAAGUGCAUAAAGAUUUUAAUUAUCUUAAAAUUUGCUGUUCGGAAUUUAUUUAUUUAUUUGGAAAUAUGCUAAUAAAAAAUAGCCUAAUUUAACUGCAACUUAAAGAAAAGUU